AUGGUCUCCACUCGGCGGAGCACCGCAAAUGCAAACCGCAUAGUUGCCGGUACUAAUAAGCCCAAAGUCACUGAACAGACUAGUGAUACCAUCCAUGUUCAAGAGCCUCGUAGAAAAAAGGCAAAAACCUCAGUAGAGAUCCCGGAAUCACCCAGCACUCCACCUUCAACGGUACUCUCUGGAAAUACCAGUGAUCAUGAUAUCAGUCUCACUUCACCAAUCACCAAUCACACGUCGACAGUUGCAACCACAGAAACGCCCAGAACAAAGGAUCUCUCACCCACCCUUCCUAAUAGAGCCCUUUCUUCUGCUCUGCGAAGACUAGCUCCGAAGCCUUUUGCCAGCAUGAGUGGUAGCUGCCACGACCCGAUUGUUGUCAACGAGGGCUCGUCACCUCCCCGUCCAACAAUACAUGAACCGAAACGGAAAAAUCGAGAUGAGCAACCAUCGGAGCCCCAUAAUUCUAUCGAGAACAGGCGCAAGGAUUUAUACAGUUACGGCGCUCGAGGUCUGGGAUUCACGAAUCUGUCUUUUAACAAAAGCACGCGAAACAAUCACCAAAGUCACGACAUCUACCGAAGGGUGAAUUCAAGGACGGUUUCGGCGCCACACUCCAAUGUGAAUGCUUUUUCGGUACAGAGCCCAUUUGGCGUUCCUUUCCCGACGCACCAUCCUCUUCCAAUGCAGACAUUAGCAUAUCAACAUAUCCGGCCGAGCUUUCCAGUACCAUACGCUCCGUACUAUCAGUUUCCACCUUCAACGGUCUCGAAUCUCAUAGUUCCUCCUCAGAGCGAAGAAUUCCUCAACAGAAAAGUCGUCGACCAUGUGCGAGAAUUUUCUGGCACAGAUGUCCAGUCAAAUGUAAAUAUCCACCGUUUGAUCGAGAACACAUUGCUCCUCAUAUCUCUCCUCCAGAUAUACCCACAUUCCAAAAAUCAGCAAGACCUGCGCGAAGACAUACGGACAAUGUCAGCAAUACAAAACGAUCACAUGGCGACAUGGCUAGGCCCCGAGCCUCGAAACAUGUCUAGGCAAAAAGAAAGCAGCAGUGGCAACAACUAUGUCAACACACAGCCAAAACCCUUGUCGAACAACACUCAGAAAGAGGCGGAUAGAGAAGUGAGACGGGCUUUUUCUGCAAGUGCAGAAAUGUGGCAAGACGGCACGGGGAAUGGCGUCGCUGACGUUUUUGGCACUCGAUCCACCUCUUCCCCUGUUGUGAGUCCAAAGACGAAA